AUGCACGCCAGAGAUUCCUCAGGAAGACGGGUUUCUCUUCUCAACGAUGAACCCACUCAGAAACAACAACUCCCCAUUCGAACCACAUUCUCGCAUUACGAUCAUCCACAGAUGGCCCGAUCUAAUUCCAGUACCUCUGCUCGCAGUAGUACAUCUUCACCUCACACGCCCAGCUUGAUUCGCGCCGACUCUUUCGAUUCGAAUCUCCAUGAUCCUCUGUCCCCAAUUACUCCCACCUUGAUAUCCGAAUUUGGAAGACAGAACUCCUACACCAGCGCUGAGAAGUUUGAGGAUUAUCCCACGAGUCAAUAUGCUGCGCGGCAGUCAUAUGCGGAUCCCCAACAGCCAUCGUAUGGCUAUACUGAGCCACGACUUUAUGACGAAGAAUCUUACCAAAAUCCCAAUGUUCCCGAGAGAGGCCCCAAGAGAUAUCCAUGCCGAUAUCGAGAUUCGCACGGUUGCGGGAAGACCUUCACUACCUCUGGCCACGCAUCUCGACACUCCAAAAUCCAUACCGCCGAGAAAGCUGUCGGCUGUAGAUGGCCUGGGUGCCAGAAGAAAUUCACACGCACCGACAAUAUGAAGCAGCACUUGGAGACGCACAACAAGGAAAGAUCGCGUUCAAGCGGUGCCCCCAAAGCUGGACUGAAAACCCUCACAAUCCCAGCCGGUAUCAAGAAGCCCAGUUCGAUCGCCGGUCGCACAAGUCGGCCAUCGAGUCGAAAUUCAGUUCUCACAACACCGGAGCAACCUCCUGUGGACCCUGCCAUUCUGUACCAAACGGGUGCUUUUCCUACCGCCACCCAACACGGCUACUCCACACUUGCAAGCCCGACGACGGCUACGGGCAUCUACGGACAGCCGAGUCUCAGUCUCCCUCACCUGAACCGACCGGUCGGAGGGCGACACGAGAGUGAGCAAAGUGGACUUGACGCGCUCGCCAUCGCUGCGGACUUCCAGUCCCACUCCUGA